GAACCUACUCAAGUUGGAGACGAAGUAAGGAUCAAAAUGAUGCGUCCGGCUCUCCCACCCUUCCGACUGGCUGGUAGAAGAUACGCUAGCUCAUCACCGUUGACCAACCCUCAAGUCCAACGAGCUCUAGAAUUAGCCUCGACUGCCGCCCAGCAGACCGCUGCGACCGUUCAGCGGGUUUCGGGUCCUGUAGGAGCUCGAGUUGGAUCAGCUCUUGGAAGCUAUCGCGAACCCCUCACCUUCAACGCCAAAGUCUUCGCCUCCCUCUGUCGUCAAGUUUAUAUCGCCGAACGUCUCGCCCCACCUCUACAACUCUCCACGUGGGCUAACGCCUAUGCCAAAAUCUGGCAUUCGGCAACUUCACUCACUUUCUGGCGUUCGGCUUUGAGUUCCGGCGCAUGGGCGGGAUUGGGCAUAGCUGCGGUGGAAACUUAUGGUUUGUUCUGCCUUGGGGAGAUGAUUGGGAGGUUGCACUUGGUGGGAUACGCACUGCAUUAGAAGUCUCUGUCAGCGGGCUUUUGUGUAGAUUCCAUGAAGACGCUUGCAUGGAUUUUUCAUAAC